UCCAUAUCAAAGAGCAAAUUUAUUUGACUCGCUGUUCAACCUUGAUUUUCAUGUUAGACGCCUUGGGGUCUGAUAGUCGUUUGGACAUGAAGAAAGAUCAAGAUCAAAGAGAGGAGAUUCCCGGUUCAACACCCGUGCCAUCGUCGCUAUUAUCGACCUCUGCAGAACAAGCAUCAAUUGAUACCAUUGCCGGUUCGCUUGAUUUUGACCUCUCAAAUCAUGUUCGAGUCAGUAGACCAAUUCUUCGUGUUUUGACUCAAGAAGAGUCACUACAACUUUGCCAUCUGAAGCACUCCAGCAUGAUCUCUUCCGCAAGGCCACCGCACCAUGUCAAAUUCGACACAGUGGAAAUUCGCGCUUACCCCAUCAUACUUGGAUGCAACCCUGCGGUUACCAAAGGACCGCCCUUGACAAUAAAUUGGGAUCACUGCUGCGGAGUUAUAGAGCCGGUUGAUGAGUACGAAGCGAAGCGGCUGCCGCGCAAGUCGGCAAUACUACUUCGGAAGAGCAGCUUGGAGCGGCAGUCGCUAUUGAAAGAAGAAGGAUUCGGGUCCGAUGAUUUUCGUAUGGCGGAAGCCGCUGUGGAUGAAAUAAAAAAUCGCGAGAGCUUUCCAAGCAUGGAAAGUCUGACCUAUCUGCCAUGAUUGCGGAAAGCAAAAGGAAAAAGGCGCAGCACAAGGUCAAAAAGACCGGAAAUGGAUUUCUAGUGUUUUCUUUUUUCAAAAGGAACACUUCUCGGCGAGCGUCUUCAGCGGCGAGUGCAUGACAACUUCGAUGUACGAGGUUUCAGGAUACACACUAGAUUUUUUGAUGCAUAUAAACUUCAUAAUAUUGUUUGAUGAG